AUGGUGGAGGAUUUGGAUCCACCGUCGGCGUUUAGCCCCGUUGGUGGGGGAAAGGAGAGUUCGGUGCAGAGAAUUGGCCGAAGACAGAAUCAACAAGUUCUCGAUAUGCAACGUGUUGAGGAUUGGCCUUUAUGCGCAUGGAUUCUUACGAUUAUAGCCUAUAUCAUCGUCGUUUGUACACUGCCCCUCUCAGCGUGUCUUUUUAUCAAGGUAGUUCAAGAGUAUGAGCGAGCUGUCGUCUUUCGAUUGGGUCGACUUAUGCCCGGCGGAGCUAGAGGACCAGGAAUUUUCUUCAUUAUUCCGUGUAUAGACUCGUACAAAAAGAUCGAUCUUCGGGUUGUUUCUUUCGAUGUGCCUCCACAAGAGAUUCUAUCAAAAGAUUCGGUGACAGUUGCUGUGGAUGCUGUAGUAUAUUUCCGGAUAUCAAACGCCACAAUCAGUGUCACAAAUGUUGAAGAUGCGAGCAGAUCAACAAAACUGUUAGCUCAGACAACGUUGAGAAACAUUCUUGGAACGAGAACUCUCGCCGAGAUGCUCUCUGAUCGAGAGAAUAUUUCCCUUCAAAUGCAGCUAACACUUGAUGAAGCCACAGAUCCCUGGGGAGUCAAAGUGGAACGGGUUGAAGUGAAAGAUGUUAGACUGCCAGUGCAAUUGCAAAGGGUUAUGGCUGCUGAAGCUGAGGCUACACGAGAAGCUGGAGCAAAGGUGAUCGCUGCUGAGGGAGAGCAGAAAGCGUCACGAGCUCUCCGAGAGGCAGCCUCAGUAAUUGCUGAGAAUCCAUGCGCGAUUCAACUCCGAUAUUUGCAAACAUUGAACAGCAUUAGUGCCGAGAAGAACUCAACAAUCAUUUUCCCGUUCCCAAUCGAGCUUCUACAGAAUUUCCUCCGUCCAUCACCCCCAAAAGUGCCAAGCAAAAUGAGC